AUGCAUUUGAAAUUCUGCCAAUAUCUACUAUUUCAGCCAUCCAAAUUAUCUGAAAUAUUCCAAACAUUCAGAAAUAAAUCUAGCAGUGGAAAGAUAACACCAGAGAUUCCACGCCAUGCUGAGAAAAUAGUGGGUGGAUGGCUGAUAGGAUGUGCUGGUAUGGUAUUUGGGGCUGUUAUACUUGGGGGUGUUACAAGAUUAACAGAAUCAGGACUUUCCAUGGUAGAUUGGAGAUUAAUUAAAGAUAUGAAAGCACCCAGUUCACAAGCUGAAUGGCAAGCAGAGUUUGAGAAAUAUAAACAGUAUCCAGAAUAUAAAUAUGUCACUCAACAUGAAGAAAUGACAUUAAGUAGAUUUAAAUUCAUUUGGUAUAUGGAAUAUUCACAUAGAAUGUGGGGUCGAGCUGUUGGCCUGGUGUUUCUGAUUCCUGCAUUAGUAUUUCUUAAGAAAGGCUGGAUAACAAAAGCUAUGAAGCCAAGAUUAGCCAUAUAUACUGCAUUGAUUGGAUUUCAGGGCUUUCUAGGGUGGUAUAUGGUUAAAAGUGGACUAGUAGAUAAGCCAGAAUCAACAGACAUUCCAAGAGUUAGCCAGUACCGUUUAGCUUCUCAUCUGGGUUCAGCUUUUAUUCUAUAUACAUUAUUUUUAUAUGCUGGACUCAGCCAUUUAAAUAAACCUGUUCCAAUACCAAACUCACCACAAAUAAGAAAGAUUCGAAUCUUAACACAUGGUGUGUUAACUUUAGUGUUUGUGACUGCUUUAUCAGGUGCAUUUGUAGCAGGUUUGGAUGCUGGUCUUGUGUACAAUUCUUGGCCAAAAAUGGCGGAUAAAUGGAUUCCAGAAGAUAUUGCUAAGUUUGUACCUAAAUGGAAGAAUGUAUUUGAGAAUCCCACUACAGUUCAGUUUAAUCACAGACAUCUGGCAGAAUCAACUGUAGCAGUGAUCACAGGUUUCUGGUGGAUGUGUCGAAAAGCACCCUUACCACCAAGAGCUAGAAUAGCAGUCAAUUGUUUAGUGGGAAUGGCUUUCAUUCAGGCCACGCUAGGUAUUACCACUUUGCUGAUGUAUGUACCUACACACUUAGCUGCUACUCAUCAAUCAGGAUCUCUUGUUCUGCUUAGUUUUGCUGUUUGGUUAGCCAAUGAAUUGAGGAAAAUGCCUAAAUAA